AUGAAGAACCAAAAUAAAAUUUUAAUCUAUAUGAUAAACUUAAUUAAAUUAACUAAAAUCUUAAACAAAAUUUAAUUAAAACUAAAUCAAUAUCUCAACCCCAGAAACUAAAUCAAUAAAACUAAAAUGUGUUCUUAAGUUCAUCUCAUUCAAAACCAAAAAACUAUAAUUACAAAUCUAGCAAGAUGACUGAAUUUAACUUAAACAAAUUGAUUGCAUAAGCAACCCCAACCCUUUCGUUGUCACAAACUCAAUCCAGAAGUUUAACCCAUAACUAAAAUCAAAUUAAGAACAACAUGAACAUCUCAAGAACAACAACACCAACCAAAAAAUUUCAACAAAAUCAAAUGUGGGUUUACUCAUAUUUAAGUUCACCAAUCUACUACACCCAAGCCCGACGACCCCUUCGCCUUCCUGUCGACCCCAACCCAUUCGCCCAAACAUUUCUGUUGCCCAGCCCACAAUUCUGCUCGCCCGGGUUUGCUGCACGCACCUAGAUCCGCCUCAUCUUCCUUCAUGCCCAAAUUUGACUUUCAGUAGCUCAGCCUCCACAACAACAAUUCAUCCCAUCCCAGCCAGCCAUCGCCGGAUUCCAUGGCCUUCUGCAUACACAGAACUCAUCUUGACACCUCUGUUGGUACAACAUCAAAGGCCUUUCAAGCUUCAACUACCAUGCCUCCCUCAGCACCUUUAACCCCUCAGCACUGCCAACAGUUGAUCACAAUUUUGAAUCAGCAAAUGACUCAGGCUACUACACCAUCCCCCUCCAACCCCACGACUGAAAACUCCUCUACCCUGAAUCAUUUUUUGGAUCCUACACAGCAUAUAACGAUUGGGAUUGCUAAAAAGCUCCACAAUCUUUAUGUUCUUCCAAGCUCUUCAGCUUCAUCAUCCUCUAUACAUUGUAAUAGUUGUACAAAUGUAAACCAAUGGCACUCAUGCCUUGGCCAUCCAUCUUUGUUAAUCACAAAAAGUAUCAAUAAAACUUUACAUUUUUCAGAUUCUUCUUCUUCAAACCCAUGUUCUAUUUGUCAUCUUGGAAAAAAAAAACUGCAUUUUAUUUCCAACAACAACUUUGCCCCCAAAUCCUUUUGAUUUAAUACAUCUUGACUUAUGGGGUC